AUGGGUUCUUGGGCGAAGAUACAGUUCCUUGGCAAGGGAUCGUUCGGGACAGUGUGCAAGGCAGUCCCUCUAAUAAGGGAAUUGGGAGAUCCCGAUCAAGAUGACUACGAUGACGGUCGGCCGCUGAUCACAGCUCCUGCAAUCGCCGUCAAGUCUGCAGAUUUUGAGUUCUCCGCCUCUCUUCAACGGGAAGGAGAACUACUUCGCGUGCUGAGUGAUUGUAGUGGAAUUAUCCGUUGUUACGGAGAAGACAUAUCCGAAGAAAACGGCAAGAGCCUCUACAACCUCUUGUUGGAGUACGCUCCCGGCGGCUCCCUCAAGAACCUGAUGGAACGAAGCGGAGGGAGAUUGCCUGAAUCUGACGUCAGGCGCUACGCUUGCAUGAUUCUGAAAGCUCUAUGCUACAUGCACAGGAACGGCUACGCGCACUGCGACAUCAAGCCGCACAACAUCCUUGUCUUUCCGUACGAAGAUGGCUCUGAAAACUACGUGAAGAUAGCGGAUUUUGGACUGGCAAAGACAGCAAGAGAUGGCAGCGGAUGGGACAAGGGCCACAAUCGCGGGACACUUCUAUAUUCUUCACCAGAAGCCGUUGGGUGGGGCUCUAACAGACCGCCUGCAGAUAUAUGGGCUCUUGGAUGCACCAUAUCGGAGAUGAUGACCGGAAAACGCCCGUGGACGUGCAAGAACGAUGUGGAGCUUAGACGCAAGAUAGCUCUUACGAGAGAACAGCCCAGAAUUCCCGAAAACAUAUCCGGCGAGGGGAAGGAUUUCUUGUUCAAGUGUUUGGACAGGAAAUGGAACACCAGAUGGACAGCUGAAAAGCUUCUACAGCAUCCCUUCGUUCAAGGGGAACUCGAGGAACUAGCCAAUGAGACGCUAGUACUGAUGAGUAUUGGUGAAGAUGUUCAAUGGGUUUCUAGGUUCUCCAUGUUUGAAACUUCGGUAGUGGAAGAUCGAGGACAAGAACAGGAAGAUGAAGGAGAAGAGAUGGAGGAGGAGAAGGAGUUGUUGUUCUGUUUGCCUUCAUUUUUGAAGCUUCAUGUGAAGACAUGGGCCAUCGGGAAGGGAGUGUUUGGGAAAGUGCACAUGGCAGUUCCUCGACCCCCCAACAUUGAUCAUUCGAAGUUGUUGGUUCCUACCAUUGCAAUCAAGUCCGCUAAAUUCAAACACUCCUCGUCUCUCCAAAAGGAAGGAAGCAUCAUGUUCACCUUGAACGAUUGCCCAGGGAUUGUUCAUUGCUAUGGUGAAGAAGCAAGCAACAAAGGUGACAAGACGAUCUACAACCUUUUGCUGGAGUUCACUCCCAGCGGUUCCCUGAGGAAUCUCAAGUAG